UGACGUCACGGAAAACACAGCUGUUCGGCCCUCCUGCCAAAUAUCUAUUUUUUGGGAGUUAUUCCUAAUUCCUGUGUGCCGAGAAAUCUAUUAAAUAAAUACAUAUUCAGUUUUUUAUUCACUAAAUUUCUCUACAUAACAGGCUAACCUAUUUUUUUUAAUGAAUAAUGUGAAUUCAGUUCAAUCAAUAUUUUCAGCCGUUCGGAAUGAGUUUGUCAAGAAUUUAUAGAAACCAAUUUACGCCUGUUGGCGACAAUUCUUCUAACAGCAUGAAAGUGUUCACAAAUCAAAGAAUCGUCGACAAUAUUCUGAAAUAUGUGAAAGGAGAUAUGAACAAUCGGUUGAAGUCACGUCUGGUCAACAAAGCAUUCAAUUUUGGAAUCAUUCAUUCGAUUCGAAUAGAGCAUCAAACAGUGAUCUUUCACAAGCCUACUCGUUGUGAUAUUAUUAGAAGAUGCCCAAAUUGUACAGUGAACUUGAAUUCGGUAGAGCUUAAUGUUAAGAACAUACGAAAGUAUGCGAGGUUCUUGAAACAAACGAUGAAGAUAACGGUAUUCAAAAUAAUAAUUGAAGACUUGGAAUUCAGUUGUAUUGAUAGAGAAAUUAUUCAUUUGGCUCUCAAUGACUUAUUUACAGAUUCAGAUUAUGAGAGAGUCGAAGAAUUUAUUGGAGUUGAUAAUAUCUGCAUUGCAGGAUGUGGCGAAUGUAGAAAAAUGAUUCAAAACUGUAAAGUAUACGGGCCAAUUCAACUGGACAUAUUUCAAAGUGUAAUGGGGCAAAAACGAAGCUUUGAUGCAUUACAGAUCACAGACGAAGAUCUCUACGUAUUAUUAUGGCUUAACAAGCAGAAGGAUCCGAAGCUAGUUGAAAACUUUAUCAACUCGAUCAUCACUUGCUCAAAAUUUACAAUUUUUCUAACAUCUAUAUUCGAAAAGAAGGAAUUGGGACAUUCUCUACCGAGAGAGCUUGUGGAUAUGUUAAUAACAAAAUGGAAUGUAAAAACUGUUGAAAUUGGGUUCAAAAAUGUGACGAACGACGAUUUCUAUCAGAAUACUGAUUAUAUUGAUCCAAAAGCUAAAUUCUAUGUGGAUUACCGGACUCAACAACGUUCAAUGUACACAUUGGAUGUAGUGGAAAUUAAUAUAAAACUCACAAGAAUAAUGGAAAAGUGUCAUGGAUCACUAUUUAACAAUUUUGUUCCAAAUGUUCGCACGAUAUUCCCAUCCAACAAGAUCACUUUGAAACUCUCGAAGGAAGUUUGCAAAGUGCUCAUGAAUCCUGACAACGUUGAGGACUUCAUUUCAGGAGUUAUUUUGAUGGCUCAAAACGAUGAUCACCCUAAUUCACAUAUUUCUCUAAAGUUAUAUCCCCAGCAAUUACGUUUUCGUUUGAUUACUUCGUUUUUAUGUGAUAAUCUAGUUAAGUUAUUUGGUUUCUGGAGCUUAAAAUCAGUUUCAAAAAUUUCUGAAAAUGAGAGAGGUAAAUCCUUUCAUUUUUUCAACCGAUCAAUUAAUUGUAACAUCAACUUCGAUGUGGUAUAUUCUUUUGAUGUUGUUGAAUAUGUAGAUUGAAUAAACUUUAAAGACUUUUU